UUGAUCCUCCCUACCGACUAUGUCCACCGCGUCCACUGCCAAAGAAACUCCUCUAAGCGGAGCAUGUACCAAGGACUGCUGGACCGCCGUCAAGCACACUGGCACUCCUGCAGGGUCUUUCGAAAAGAUAGGCGGUCUGGAUACAUACAUUUCACUUCCGCCUGCCGACUCCAAAUACGCCCACGCUCAGGGUGGUGGCGAAGGAGGAGUGGUGUAUGAGAGGGUAUUACUUUGGUUCCCAGAUGUGUUCAGCUCGACGUUCUUGAAUAACAAGUUGGUUAUGGACUGGUUUGCGAGUCGAGGGUACCUCGUCCUUGGCCCAGACUACUUCCUCGGCGAUCCGAUAUACCUGCACAGAGGUGUCGACCCGAACUUUGACGGUUCGACAUGGAUACCGAACAAACGCAAGCUCGCGGACUCGCUCGUUCCGCCGUGGAUUGAAGCCGUGAAGGCAAAGUAUGGAACGGAGAAGACGAAAUGGGUGUGUUCGGGAUAUUGUUUUGGAGCACCGGAUGUUCUCAAACUUCUUGCCGAAGACUGGGUCACCGCAGGCGCGUUCGCUCAUCCAGCUAUGGUGACAGAGGAGAUGUUCCAGGGUGUUAAGAAACCUCUUUUACUCUGCUGCUCUGAAAUCGAUCACACCUUCUCUGCCGCUGCCCGUCACAAAGCCGAAGAAAUACUCGUUGACCCUAAGUACGCCCCGAAGCCAGAGUAUUACCUACAGCUGUACGGUGGCGUCGCGCAUGGGUGGUCUUUGAGGGGAGACCCGACAAUUGAGAGGGAGAGGUGGUCGAAGGACGAGUGUGCGAGGAGCAUGGACGCUUGGUUCGAUCGGUUCUGCAGCCUUACUUGAUUCUGGAGGACAGCAGACGUCGCUGGGAGGCCUGAGCUGGAGUUGAUGUCUACCGAUGUGAAUUGUAUUCUUCGCCUGUGUUCGUGCAUAUGUAUAUGAUUCUAUUGUCAUGGC